CCGUCACGCGUACUCCGCUGCACCUCAGCCGCGCAGACGGCAUAGCAGACGAUCGACGCGGCGUCGUCUGCUGCUGAUUCCGCGUCGUCUGCAUGAGAAGUAGCCGCAGCGCAGUGCACGUUCGCAUAACAUGCUCGCAUGGCUGCAAGUUCUCUUCCGCUUUAUACUGGUCCUGCUGGGCGUCAAGGCUGUUCGGCGGGCGACCAAGAGGCGUCCCCGUCCCCCAGAGGCCCCAUCCGAGAUGAAUGGCACUCCUGAGAGCAAGGGGCGCACUGACUUGCAACGGCUCGAGUCUCUAGCAGCCCACAACGGUGUCAACACUUCACCCGUGCGCAUUGUCGUCGAGCCUUGUUGGGACGACGAAGGCGACGGCAACACCAUCACCGCCUCCAACGGCCACCUCUUCAACGGCGGCAACUUCAACGGCUUUGGCAACGGUCCUCGGCCGCUGUUCACGAUAGACUGCUCUGACGAGGAGACCGACGACCCUGGAAGCCCGACUAGUGGUCGUUUCAUGGGCGAUGAGUUAAGGCGCAAUCGGUCUCGAGCAAAACUAUUCAGUUUUGCUGCGAAGGCUCGGUUGCGUGCACAGUCUAUGUCGGGCGCUCACUUGUCUAAUGAGGACCGCGACUAUGGGAAGGGCCAGAAGGACUUCAUUGUGGCCACCCCCGAGGAGUUUGUCAGCCGGUUUGGGGGCCGGCACAUCAUUAACAAGGUCCUGAUAGCAAACAACGGAAUCGCAGCAGUAAAAUGCAUGCGUUCCAUCCGGAGAUGGGCCUACGAGAUGUUCAGCAACGACAAGGCAGUUCGCUUUGUCGUCAUGGUGACACCGGAGGAUCUCAACGCCAACGCAGAGUACAUCAAGCUGGCAGACCACUGUGUUCCCGUGCCUGGGGGUUCCAACAACAAUAACUACGCCAACGUGGACCUGAUCCUGGACAUCGCCAAGCGGGUCGGCGCCCAAGCGGUUUGGGCUGGCUGGGGCCAUGCCUCGGAGAACCCGCGACUACCCGAGCUGCUCACCAAGAAUAAGAUUGCUUUCAUCGGGCCUCCCGAGAAAGCGAUGUGGGCUCUGGGUGACAAGAUUGCGUCCUCCAUCGUGGCCCAGACAGCCAACGUGCCAACCCUUCCCUGGAGUGGAUCUGGCUUGAAGGCGUCUGACUGGGGUGAGGACGAUGUCUACAAUCCGAAGAAGCCACUCAAGAUCAAGCCGGAGCUGUAUCGGAAGGGCUGUGUCACGGGUGUCGACGAUGGUCUGGAGGCAGCCCAGCGGAUUGGAUUUCCCGUCAUGAUCAAGGCCUCGGAAGGUGGCGGUGGCAAGGGCAUCCGCAAGUCCGAAUCGGCCAACGACUUCCCCCAGUGCUUCCGGCAGGUGCAGAGCGAGGUUCCCGGCUCGCCAAUCUUCAUCAUGAAGCUGGCGACGUGCGCGCGCCACCUCGAGGUGCAGCUUCUGGCCGAUCAGUACGGCACAGCCAUCUCCCUGUUCGGCCGCGACUGUUCCAUCCAGCGGCGCCACCAGAAGAUUAUCGAGGAGGCGCCCUGCAUCAUCGCCACGCCGCCUGUGCUUGAGCAGAUGGAGCGGGCCGCUGUACGGCUAGCGAAGAUGGUAGGCUACGUAAGUGCAGGCACCGUGGAGUACCUCUAUAGCGAAGAUGGCAAAUUUUACUUCCUGGAGCUCAACCCAAGGCUUCAGGUUGAACAUCCUUGUACAGAGAUGGUCGCCGAUGUCAACUUACCUGCGUGCCAACUUCAGAUUGCCAUGGGCGUCCCGCUGCACCGCAUCAAGGACAUCCGGCUUCUGUAUGGCGAGUCACCCUGGGGCGAGUCGCCCAUCGACUUUGACAACCAGGUGCAGCGGCCCCGGCCCCUGGGGCACGUCAUCGCUGCCCGAAUCACCUCCGAGAAUCCCGACGAGGGUUUUAAGCCGAGCGCCGGAACGGUGCAGGAGCUGAACUUCCGCUCCAACAAGAACGUCUGGGGCUACUUCAGCGUUGGUGCCUCCGGUGGACUGCACGAGUUUGCCGACUCGCAGUUUGGCCACUGCUUCUCGUGGGGCGAGGACCGUGAGGAGGCCCGUGAGAACCUCGUGCUUGCCCUGAAGGAACUGUCGAUUCGUGGCGACUUCCGCACCACGGUCGAGUACCUCAUAACUCUGCUCGAGACGGACGCGUUUCUCAGCAACACAUUUGACACGGGAUGGCUCGACAAGCUCAUUGCCGAGCGGGUGCAGGCCGAGAAGCCCGACACGAUGCUGUCGGUGAUCUGCGGCGCACUGCACGUAGCGCACCGGACGAUCCGUGAAAACUUCCGCAACUUCCAGACGUGCCUCGAGAAGGGCCAGAUCCUGCCGGCGACGACGCUGACCAACACGCUUACGGUGGACCUCAUUCAUGAGUUGGUCAAGUACACUGUCCAGGUGUCCCAGUGUGGCCCGACAUCGUACUUCCUGGUGAUGAAUGGCUCGACUCGACGCGUGGAGGCGCACCGGCUGAGCGACGAUCGCCUGCUGCUGUCCAUAGAUGGCGCCAGCUACACGACGUACAUGAAGGAAGAAGUUGAUCGGUAUCGAGUGGUCAUCGGCAACCAGACGUGCAUCUUUGAAAAGGAGAAAGAUCCCAGUGUUCUGAGGUCGCCCUCGACAGGCAAGUUGCUUCAAUUCCUGGUGGAAGACGGCGCACAUGUGGUCUGUGGCCAGUCAUACGCAGAGAUUGAGGUGAUGAAGAUGGUGAUGACGCUUACCGUUGAAGAGAGCGGGUGUGUUCACUUCAUAAAGCGGCCUGGUGCAGUCCUCGAAGCUGGUUGUGAGCUUGCCAGGCUUGAACUGGACGACCCUUCAAGAGUGAACAAGGCAAUUCCGUUUGAGGGCAGUUUCCCAGCACCCGAGUCGGAAGGUGGGCUUCACGAGGAGAAGCUGAACCAGCAGUUCCUGGCGGCCAAGCAGGAUUUGGAGAAUGUGCUGGAUGGAUAUGUGCUGCCGGACCCGCACUUUGCGCAGCACAUGACCGCCUCCCUGGACACCUUUAUGCGCACACUCCGGGACCCAACACUGCCCCUCAUGGAGCUGAAAGACAUCAUCUCCUCAAUAUCUGGGCGCAUCCAGCCGUCCGUUGAGAACAACAUCCGGACGCUGAUGAAGAUGUACGACAAGAACAUCACCUCAGUCCUGGCCCAGUUCCCGAGCCAACAGAUUGCCGGCGUCAUCGACAGCUAUGCGGCGACGCUGCAGAAGCGGGCGGACCGGGAUGUCUUCUUUAUGACCACCCAGGGCAUCGUGCAGCUGGUCCAGCGGUACCGGAACGGCAUUCGCGGCCGCAUGAAGAAUGUGGUUCAGGAGUUGCUCAAGCAGUACCUCUCCGUGGAGAUAGAUUUUCAGCAAGGCCACUACGACAAGUGCGUGGCACUGCUUCGCGAGAAGCACAAGGACAGCAUGUCGGUCGUGGUGGACAAGAUCUUCUCGCACCUGCAGGUGGCCAAGAAGAACCUGCUCAUCAUCAAGCUCAUUGACCACCUUUGUGGCCACGAGCCCGGCCUGACUGACGAGCUCUCGUCUAUCCUGAACGAACUGACCACUCUGAGCAAGACGGACAAUGCCAAGGUGGCUCUCCGGGCACGGCAGGUGUUGAUAGCGACUCACCAGCCAGCGUGGGAGCUGCGGCACAACCAGAUGGAGUCCAUCUUCCUAUCGGCGAUUGACAUGUACGGCCACGACUUCUGCCCCGAGAACCUGCAGAAGCUGAUCCUCUCUGAGACAUCCAUCUUUGAUGUGCUGCCCGACUUCUUCUAUCAUGGCAACGUCGUUGUCCAGAGGGCUGCUCUCGAGGUGUACGUGAGGCGUGCGUAUGUCUCCUAUGACCUGACAUGCCUCCAGCACCUUCAGCUGCCCUCGGGCAUCUGCGCUGCCCAGUUCCAGUUCCUACUUCCCAGCUCACACCCAAACAGGCAGAUCCAAACCCCGGUAGUGACCGAUGGGGACACAGCAGAGACGCCCAGCACACCCGAAGACACUGUGUCGGCAUGGGAGCACGAACAGCCAGACCUGGACUCUCAACGUGUGGGCAUCAUGGCUGCCUUCAACACGUUCGAUCAGUUUGCCAAUGACUUUGACAACCUGAUCGAGUUCUUUGCCAUUUCGCCGAAUGUGGCACCGCGAAGCGAGUUCGACUUUGGUACGCGGGAGCACAGCGCACCGUCAUUCUGCGAUGGCAGUGAGAGUCCAGUGAUCAUCGAACCCAUGCACAUCCUCAACAUUGCCAUCCGCAACGACAUUCCCAACGAGGAUGAAGACUAUGCAGCAAAGUACUAUGCCUUCUGCCAGGAAAAGUGUGCCAUCUUGAAGGAAAGGAUGGUUCGCAGAAUCACCUUCCUCAUUCUCCACAAGCGCCGGUUCCCUCAGUACUACACAUUCCGGUACCGUGACGAUUAUAUCGAAGACUGCAUCUACCGGCACCUGGAGCCGGCACUGGCAUUCCAGCUGGAGAUCAACCGAUUGCGCAACUAUGACCUCGAGGCCAUUCCCACCUCCAACCUCAAGAUGCACCUCUACCUCGGCAAGGCCAAGGUUCCCAAGGGCCAGGAGGUUUCGGACUUCCGAUUCUUCAUUCGUGCCAUCAUCAGGCACUCGGAUCUUGUCACCAAGGAAGCUUCGUACGAGUAUCUCCAGAACGAGGGAGAGCGUCUGCUGCUUGAAGCAAUGGACGAGCUUGAAGUCGCCUUCACUCAUCCAGUGGCCAAGAGGACCGACUGUAACCACAUAUUCCUGAACUUCGUGCCCAAGGUCACCAUGGACCCGGCCAGGAUUGCCGAGAAUGUCAGGGACAUGGUGAUGAGGUAUGGUCCUCGACUAUGGAAGCUCCGCGUCCUCCAGGCCGAGAUCAAGAUGACAAUUCGAGGCAUUGACGCCAGCUCCACUCCCUGCCGCAUGGUUUUCACCGAGGACUUGUCUGGGCCUGGCGUGCCUAGCCUGAAUGGCAAGUGCGUGCCCAUCCGCCUGUUCCUGGCCAACGAGAGUGGCUACUACCUGGACAUUUCCCUGUACAAGGAACGCCUGGACCCCGAGACCGGCCUGAUGCAGUUUGAUGCAUGGGGACCCCACCGGCAGGGACCGCUGCACGGCCUGCCCAUCUCCACGCCAUACCUCACCAAGGACUACCUGCAGCAGAAGCGGUUCCAGGCCCAGUCCAAUGGCACCACCUACGUCUACGACUUCCCCGACAUGUUCCGACAGGCCCUGAUCAGGCUCUGGGAGGAGCACGUUGAGAUGCGUCCGGGCCAGGACAUUCCGGCAUCGUUGCUGAGCUGCGUUGAGCUGGUGAUGGACUCACAGGGACGGCUCGUUGAGCAGAAGCGGCUACCCGGCGAGAACGACGUUGGCAUGGUAGCCUGGCGCAUGACGCUGGUGACACCCGAGUACCCGGAGGGCCGUGACAUCAUUGUCAUUGCCAAUGACAUCACAUUCCUUCUCGGCACCUUUGGACCUCAAGAGGACAUCCUCUUCUUUAAAGCAUCUGAAAGGGCCCGAGCGCUGGGGAUCCCGCGACUCUACAUUUCAGCAAACAGUGGUGCAAGGAUUGGGCUUGCGGAAGAGCUGAAGCACCUCUUCAACAUCGCGUGGGUCGACCCUGAUGUGCCUGACAAGGGUUACCGGUACCUCUACCUGACGCCAGAGAACUUCAAGAAAGUCAGCGCCUUGAACUCUGUCAAUGCAGAGCUCAUUGACGACGAAGGCGAGAAGCGGUACAAGAUAACCAACAUCAUCGGCAAGGUGGAUGGACUUGGCGUUGAGAACCUAAAGUACGCUGGGCUCAUUGCUGGCGAGACAUCGCAGGCUUAUGAAGAGAUUGUCACCAUCAGUUUGGUGACGUGUCGAGCCAUCGGUAUCGGAGCCUAUCUGGUCCGUCUGGGACAGCGCGUCAUCCAGCUCGAAAACUCGCACAUCAUUCUCACUGGUGCCGGGGCCCUGAACAAGCUGCUGGGUCGCGAAGUGUACACAUCCAAUAACCAACUGGGAGGUGUGCAGAUUAUGUACCCCAAUGGCGUCUCUCAUGUCACCGUGCACGACGACCUGGAGGGCACCUAUGUCAUGCUCAAGUGGCUGUCCUACAUGCCAAAGUGUAAAGGGGGCAAGCUUCCUAUCGUGGAACCGCUGGACCCCAUCGACAGGGAUGUUGUGUACACCCCAUCCAAAGUUCCGUACGAUCCAAGGUGGCUUCUGGCAGGGCGUGACAGUCCAAACCUGCCUGGCUUCUGGGAGGAUGGCUUCUUCGACCGCGGAUCCUUCAUGGAGGUGAUGCAACAGUGGGCUCAGACUGUUGUCUGUGGCCGCGCUCGCCUUGGUGGCAUUCCCGUUGGCGUUGUCGCGGUUGAGACGAGGACGGUCGAGAUUGACAUCCCCGCUGACCCUGCCAACCUCGACUCGGAGGCCAAGGUCCUGUCUCAGGCUGGCCAGGUGUGGUUCCCGGACUCGGCGUACAAGACGGCACAGGCCAUCAAUGACUUCAACCGGGAAGAGCUGCCUCUGUUUGUCUUUGCCAACUGGCGAGGCUUCUCGGGAGGCAUGAAAGACAUGUACGACCAGGUGCUAAAGUUUGGUGCAUACAUUGUGGACGCAUUGCACACGUACCGCCAGCCUGUGAUAGUGUAUAUACCCCCGUAUGGCGAACUCCGUGGUGGUGCCUGGGCCGUGGUGGACGCCGCCAUCAAUCCUCGCCAAAUGGAAAUGUACGCUGACCCCGACAGCCGUGGAGGCGUGCUCGAGCCUGAGGGCACGGUUGAAAUCCGGUUCCGCAAGAAGGACCUCCUCAAGACCAUGCACCGUGUCGAUGCCAGGUGUCGCGAGAUCCUGUCGCUGCUGGGCACGGCCGAGCCCGAGAAGAAGGUGGCGCUCGAGGCAGAGCUACGCAAGCGCGAGACGCAGCUGCUGCCCAUGUACCACCAGGUGGCGCUGUCGUUCGCCGACCUGCAUGACAUGCCUGCCCGCAUGCAAGAGAAGGGCGUAAUCCAGGAUGUAGUGCCAUGGAGCAAGUCGCGGAACCAGCUGUAUUGGCGGUUGCGACGCCGCCUGUUGCAAGACGCAGUCAAGCGGGACAUCCAGCAGGUGCGACCGCAGAUUGGUGAUGGCGAGAUGGAGAGCAUGCUGCGGCGGUGGUUCGUCGAGUCGAUGGGCGCCGUCAAGGUGAGGCAAUAUUUGUGGGAGAAUGACUUGGCUGUCACCAACUGGCUUCAAGUACAGCUCGACCCAAAGGUGGAGCGUUCGCUCAUCAACGACAACAUCCAGUGCUUGAGGCGUGAUGCAGCUAUCUCUCAGAUCAAGACCAUGCUCCAAGCCAACCCCGAGGUGAUCAUGGACUCAGCUGUGCACAUAAUCCAGCAGCUGACUCCGCAGCAGCGCUCGGACCUGCUAGCUACCAUCCGGACUCUAGAGAACGAUCCGGCGCUGCCCACCGCUCCAAGCAGCGAGUCGCCAACAACCCCGCCCUCAGACGCAGCGUCUUGACAGAAUGCUUCAACGGCGCGGCCGCCUAAGUCCGAGCGGAACCGCGGCAGUCGACGCCGGAAGCGGAGGAGUUGAAGCGUCUCCUCCGCCGUGCCAUCAAAAUGCAAGCUUCGAAAGUGAUCUGCGCACGUGCACAUUGACGUAGGGCAGGGACAUAAUCUGUGCGCGGCUCCGUGUUGAAUUUUUUUUUUGGGGGGGGGGGGAUCAAAUCUUAACGAACUGUUACACUAUACGAACUAAAUGGGAAUUUGUCUAAAAGUGGCCCUGUUGGAUGAAUGUGUGGAUUUUCGUCGAGGGCCGGCAGUACAAGAGCUGGUCAUUCCGGAAUGCCAGUCAGCAACGAAUUUGUUUCAAUAUAAUGUUGUUGAACCUGUUUUCUGUUGCUGCCAUCGUCUUUCACAUUUCACUUUAAGAGAGCCUUUUUUCUGGGUAAGUCGUGUUGAACACUUUCUUCACUUUAGUGUAUCUUCGUCAUUGCCUUAAGCAGGUCAGUACAUUUCUUGAGAAUUUUUUUUACAACAAUCGGCACCUGUGUUGCACCAAAGCUUUCGGCUUCAAAGCCACUUGCAAAAGACCUUCGCAUUUUUGUUAAUUAAAACUUUACACUUUAGGGCUGGGAAACACUUUUUUUUCUGCACAGUGCAUGUGGUAAACUUUACCUAUGAUUGCGAUUUGCCAUGAAAGUGCAAUAGCGUUGCGCGAAUGUUCCUGUUCUUGCCGAGAUUCGACUGUUCUCGCAGGGUACGAUCGUCCGCUCCCGAUCACUUGUAAGGCCAUAUUUUGCUGCGGAGCACAUUUUUGUGCAAUCUGUGGCACAGAAUAAUAUGGCACAGAAUAAUACGUUUGCCCAAUGAACGCAACAUAAUGAGCCUUUGUUAGGCCUCGUAAGACCAGUCUAUCUGGUCUAGAUGGGCCGUGAAUUCUCCAUUUCAGCCCCGGCGAAUUUUAUGAUCGGCUUGUCUGCCUACUGUAGCAAGCUGUUUCUUGCGUUUUCAGUGUUUUGCUGCGUUAUUUUUAAAGACCAUCAAGUCACAAUUGAGGAUGGCCUUCACUGGCAGCUGUGGUUACUCCCAUACCACCUCUCAAGCAAGCAUUCUUCAUGCAGAUCUCUGAAAGCAUGAAGGAAAGUUUUUAUUACCAUCACUGAUUUCAUCAUUUCUCUUUCCUAUGCAUUUUUUAAAACUUGGAUGAUACAAAAAAACCUUUCUUGCAACAUCAUCUACUGUAGUAUCAGUUAUUGUUAUAUGGGCAGUAUUUUACGAUUGCAUUCAGUAGCUGGUUGCAGAGCCAGUUGUCGUUCUGCAUGUUUAGCUUGGCAUUAGAAUCAUGUUUCAACGAUUCACAGUGUGCACUGCUGCUGCACCAAGUUUUUAGUUAACGUAAUUUAGUUCAUCUAAGCCUUUUACUGCAUCAAGAAAUAUAUCGCUGCUGUCGCAUAGGUGGUGCCACAUGUUUUUGGGUGCCAUAAUGUUGUCUACCACAAUUGCGCUGCUGUCUGCUUAGCUGGCAACAGAUUUUUAAGCCACACUUUCGAAGACAACAUUUAGGCCUGCUCUUUACGAACAAAUUCCUUGCUGCUGAAAGGCCAUUGAGCACUUGAAAUGGUGUGUUCGAUCGGUUAAUCCUGCUGUCUUCUGCCGAUACUAUGUAUGGCAAAGCUUCCAUAUUUUAAAACCAGGUUUUUAUGUGCAUCAUCUUUGAUGCACUCUUCCUUUAAUAUAAUGAUUCAACACUCAACACUCUUUAGUGUUCAGCGAUUGUUCAUGACAUUCACGACCCAUUCAUUCUUAUCUGUUGGGCAACGUGGAUUCCACAAUGCAGGUAGUUCUGGAGAUGGCUUUGAGCAAUGAGCCAAGAUCUUUUGUAGACUUUGUAAAUAUACCCGAACUUGCAGAAGCUUCCAGGUGCUAUUUUGUUUCGUCUGCUUAGGUGUAAAUAGUAUUACCAGACUCUUGGGGAACUGAAUCUUUAGGAAGCACGGAGUCGAGACAACUAAUGCAGAGACCAAUACUCGUGAAAUGUAUUAUUGGCUUACACGGUCAUUGCUUUAUUUUUGUGCAAGGAAAUCGCCGACGGUUAAACCAAUUUCUGUGCCCACUGCGCAGUCGCACUGCAAAGGCGCACAACUUUUAACCGUUGGCAUACUUUGUUGUUCUUUUUUUUUUUUCCGGAAGUGCAAAGAGUGUUUCGCGUCGAGAAGGACCAUAUUUAUUUUUGUAAUAACACCAGAUGAAGAAUGGAAGGGUGGUACAUUUGAACUCGAGCACUUUGUCAGAUGUAAAUAUGUCACCAGUGCAAAUACUGCAUUCUUGUAUUGUGGAAAUAAAAAAUGCAUUCUUAA